AUGAGCGAACAAUCGAGGCCCACUACCUCAAACACUGGCAUUGUGGAGCACUGCGCUGAAAACGCGGACCCGGUUGCCGCCGACCAAGGUCCACCAGCCAAAAAGGCUAAGAUAAUGCAAGCCGGAGUGCAACAGAGCAGCUCAAAGUCUGUUGGACAACGUCUUAAGGAAUCCACUCUGAAGGAAUCAUUGCAAACGUCAAAAAAUUCUGCUGCAUCAUGUCGUUCGCCAGUAGCCAACGACUACGCAUCGACCAUCUCACCGGUAUCUCCUCGAUCCUUAAGUAGUACUCAAGUGAAUACGAUCAGAGUUAUUGGACAAUAUCUCAAAAAUCUUGGCAUGCAGGAAACAGUAGCAACAUUAUUUGCUGAAAGUGGGUGUCGUCUUGAGGAUUCGUUAGCUGUACGUUUACGUGAGUGUGCACUGAAUGGUGAGUGGGAUUUGGCAUUACAUAUUGUUGGCAAAAUGUCACCGUAUGUGUCGCGAACAAGUCUGCUACGGAUUCGUGUUAAGUUGCUGGAAGAGAAAUUUGUGGAAUUGCUCACCAAAGAUCAAACUGUUCAAGCCUUACGAUUGCUAUCUGUCGACUAUCCAUCAGACGACGCAUUCGCAGAUCGGCGCAACUUUUUGGCAACUUUGCUUUACGUUGAUCCCAAUACGAUCGACAUAUAUUCAAAAACUGGUGCACAUCGAGAUCGGCAAGAGAGGAGCGCUUUGGUUAGCAAUAUACAGCAAUUAUUGCCAACAUCAGUGAUGUUACCUCCAUCACGUCUUGAAAAAUUACUCAAGCAAUCAUGGAAAAUGCAAGCACGUGAAUGUUAUCUUCAUAUGGCUGAGCAACGAGGACCAUCACCGGAUUUUAUUCUUGAGGAUCAUCAGUGUAGUUGGGAGGAUUUCCCGUUAUUCACUUCUCAGGUAUUGAAUAAUCAUCAAGAUGAAGUAUGGUGCGCCAGCUUUUCACCUGGUGGCAAUUUUUUGGCCACUGGCGCUAAAUGUGGCCCUACAUUGGUGUGGAAAGUGGUGAAUGAAAGAACGUUAGAGCCAUAUAAGUCAUUCGGAGGUAGUCAAAAUACAGCAGUAAUUUGCUGGAGUGAUGAUUCAAAACUGUUAGCAGUCGCAUCCGCUGAGGAUCCAAAUACGGACGUGCACGUUUAUGAUGUGCACCGUGGCGCAAUUUAUUGUACAUUGGACAAUCGUGGUAACGACAAUACGGUUUUGUCAUUUUUUGCUGGUAAUCAACCGUAUAAACUUGUAUGUGCCGAUCAGAAAGGUCACUUCUGCCAAUAUGUUCUCUCGGAUAAUUCAGCUAAGCCAAGUGGUAAAUUCGAAGGUUACAGAAUUCGAGCAAUUCACUGCCUCAGAAAUGGAACCGUUAUUGCUGCUGAUACUCACAAUAGGGUACGACGCUAUCGAUUCAGUGACGAUUUCGAUCAAACGCUUAUACAGGAGCAAAGUCAAAUUAUUAAUUUUGUCGUCGACAAACUGGAACAACAUAUAUUGAUCGAUACGAAGUUACAUGGUCUCCGCUUAUGGGAUUUAGAGUCGAGUACGUUGCUACAUUCUUAUACGGGUGCACCGCAUCAUGACUUUGUUGUGUUCUCGACUUUUGGUGGCCUGGCACAAGACUAUAUUGCUACUGGUUCCGUUGAUAGUAAAGUGUAUAUCUGGAGUUAUAAAUCCGACCGGUUGAUAGCCAAACUGUCUGGUCACACUGGCAAAGUGAAUGCAGUCGCGUGGAAUCCCACAUAUCCUCAAAUUUUGGUCUCAUGCUCCGACGACGGUACGAUCCGAGUUUGGACUCCGUUCAACGGUGACGUUUGUGGUGCUAUUGGCAACAACAGCAGCCAGGAAAACAAUAAUAAAAAGAGCAUUAAAUCGUGA